AUGGACAGGUCCCUCAUGCUGGGACUCCCUAUCCUGCUGUGCUGCUUUACAGUACUAUCUGGGUCACUUCUACACAGAGAUGACACUGACAAUGAAAUAAUUGUUCAGGAAGACAAUUAUUAUGGCCUACAAAUUAUUCAGUGCAGGAUGUGCCACCUCCAGUUUCCAGGGGAAAAGUGCUCCCGAGGACGAGGCAUAUGCACUGCGACAUCACAAGAAGCCUGCACCGUGGGGAGGAUUUUCAGAAAGGAUGGAACUCCCUGGUUAACCUUCAUGGGCUGCCUAAAGAACUGUGCUACUGUGAAAAACAUAAACUGGGGUGUCUAUUUGGUGAACUUCAACUGCUGCAGGGGCUAUGACCUCUGUAAUGAAAUGCUUUAG